CCCUAGCCGCAUCGACAGGUCCAACUCGAAGCCCGUCGCCACGCACGCGCUCGAGGGUCUCAAGUUCAUCAGCGGCACUAACGGCUCCGCCGAGUGGACCGCCGCCGAGGGGAUCUUCGACAAAAAAGCCAGGAAUGGGCGCCUUCCCCGCUCCAAGUUCGGCAAGUGCAUCGGUAUGAAAGAGGCCGCGUUCGCCGGCGAGUUGUUCGACGCGCUGGCAAGGCGGCGGAACAUCACCGGAGAGAGCAUCAACAAGUCGGAGCUGCGUGAGUUCUGGGAUCAAAUUUCAGACACCAGCUUCGACAGCCGCCUGCAGACCUUCCUCGACAUGGUGGACAAGAACGACGACGGGAGGAUCAGCGAGGACGAGGCCAAACAGAUCAUCACGUUGAGCGUAUCGGCGAACAAGCUAACGAUGGCCCCGCGACAGUGCGAGGAGUAUGCACGUCUCAUCAUGGAGGCGUUGGACCCCAACGAAUUCGGCUACAUCGAGCUGCACAACCUGAAGAUGCUGCUUCUGGAGGCGCCGAGCGAGUCGACAACCAACAGCCACAAGCUCAGCAAGCUGCUGAGCCAGCGUCUCCGCCCGACGACGGAUCCCAGCCCCAUCCGGCGGUGGUACAAGCGUGCCAAGUGCUCCCUGGAGGACAACUGGCGUCGCUGCUGGGUGAUGCUCCUGUGGCUCUCCAUCUGCGUGGGCCUCUUCGCCUGGAAGUUCAUGCAAUACCGCCACCACGCCGUGUUCGGGGUGAUGGGCUACUGCGUGUGUGUGGCCAAGGGCGGGGCCGAGACGCUCAAGUUCAACAUGGCGCUCACGCUCCUCCCCGUGUGCCGCAACACCAUCACUUGGCUCCGGAGCCACACCACUGCGGGACGAAUCGUGCCCUUCAACGACAACCUCAAGUUCCACAUGGCGAUCGCGGUUGGGAUCACCGUCGGCGCCGGGCUACACAUCAUCUCCCACCUGGCAUGCGACUUCCCGCGGCUGCUGCACGCCAUGGACGACGAGUACGAGCCCAUGAAGCCAUUCUUCGGGGACGCCAAGCCGCCCAACUACUGGUGGUUCGUGAGGGAGACAGAGGGGUGGACGGGGCUAGUGAUGCUCGCGCUCAUGGCCGUCGCCUUUACGUUCGCCAGGGCAUCGCUCCGCAAGGGGAAGCUCCGCCUUCCCAAGCUCAAGAAGCUCGAGAGCCUCGACAGCAACCCCGAGCCUAGGGAGCUCACCCGCUUCGCCGGGCUCGUCAACGCCUCGUGCAGCCGCCUCACUUGGUUGGUCAACGCCUUGCUCAACCGCUUCACUGGGUACAACGUCUUCUGGUACACACACCACCUCUUCCUCGUCGUCUACGCACUGCUUCUUGUCCAUGGACACUUUCUCUACCUCAACAAGAAGUGGCAAAAGAAGUCGACGUGGAUGUACCUGGCGGUGCCGAUGACCGUGUACGCAUGCGAGCGGCUGACGAGGACGCUGCGGUCGAGCGUGAGGUCGGUGAAGAAAGUCAGGGUGGCCGUGCAUCCGCACCCGGCGACCCUUCUGUCGCUGCACUUGUCCAAGCCGCAGGGGUUCAGGUACAAGAGCGGGCAGUACGUCUACGUCAAGUGCCUCGACGUCUCGCCAUUCCAGUGGCACCCGUUCUCCAUCACGUCGGCGCCAGGGGAUGACUACGUCAGCGUCCACAUCAAAACGCUCGGUGACUGGACCAACCAGCUCAGGAACGCCUUCUUAAAGGUUUGCCCAACACCGACAGAGGGGACGACCGAGAUUCUUCGGGCGGAGUACAACCGCGACGAGGCCAUGUCCAACCCGAGCCUCCCGAAGGUGCUGAUCGACGGGCCGUACGGGGCGCCGGCGCAGGAUUACAAGGAGUACGACAUCGUGCUACUGGUGGGACUCGGAAUCGGUGCAACGCCCAUGAUCUCGAUCAUCAAGGACAUCAUCACCAACGCGAGGCGGCUCGACGGGGACGUUGAGUCCGGCAACGGCAACGGCGGCGGGGGGGGCCCGUUCCGGACCCGCCGGGCCUACUUCUACUGGGUCACCCGUGAGCAGGGCUCCUUGGAGUGGUUCCGCCGGGUCAUGGACGAGGUGGACGAGGCCGACGAGAAGCGCAUCAUCGAGCUCCACAACCACUGCACCAGCGUCUACGAGAAGGGCGACGCCCGGUCGGCGCUCAUCGCCAUGCUCCAGUCCCUCCACUACGCCAAGAAUGGCGUCGACGUCGUCUCCGGCAGCCGCGUCAUGACCCACUUCGGCCGGCCAAACUGGGCCCAAGUCUACCAACGCAUCGCCGACGAGAACAAGCAAAAACGCGUCGGAGUGUUCUAUUGUGGCGAGCCGGUGCUCACGAACAAGCUGCGCGGGCUCGCAAAGGAUUUCUCAAGUAAAUCAAGCACAAAAUUCGUGUUCCACAGCGAGAAUUUCUAGUUUUGUAAGCCAUCCAGCCAGAAGAGGUUUAUCCUUUUGCGGAACCGUGUUAAUUUAGCUCCUAGAUUAACACUGUGGCUUCUCUUACUGUGCCCUCCAUCCAACAUCGUGUGCAUUUCUGCACCAUUGUGAACAAACUAAACUGACCACUGGACGAAUACAUUAUUAAAGGACA